CAGUCAGUCCUGUGAGAGUGGUUAUAUUUCUACAAAUAAAAGAAAGUGCACAUACAGUCAUAUUCUAUCAUAUUAUCUUGAAUAAACAGCAACAACGAACGAUUCUAAACCAAAAUCAGUAUAUCAAUACAGUCUCGCUUUAAAUAGCCUAUAUAGCCAUGUGAGAACAAACCAAGAUUAGAUGCUUAACAACAAAAUAAACAUGACUUGUGGAAAUAUAAUGAAACAAACUCACUCAACACACUCAGGAACAAAGGUGAACUGAUAGAGGGAACCAUCUGGGAGCAGCUACAGCCAGAAGAGCUUGAUAUUGUGAAAUAACAUUUUUCAAGUUUCCAAGACAAUCCUUGACAUUAACUGGGAGGUCUUAGGUGACUUGGAGUGAUAUAUUGAUUUUCUUUUUUGUUGUUGGUCGUUUGUUUUUGUUUUUUUACAAAACCCCAAUUUUGAUAUUCAUGAGGUGAGAUCCUGUAAUGUACAUGGCUCAAAAAACCUUUAUGAUUGGGUUGCAGGGUUGCCCAAACUUUUCAUCAGGUAAUGUCACUGUAACUCUUUCAUUUUAACCUAAUAUUAUACUUGGCUAAAGUUAGAAACUAAUCUAACUGGCAAGUUCCCCUUGUGUUUGCCAGACGUGGCAACAAAUGUUAAUGACUAUUGCAUUUUAGCUGGACAUUAUAUUUAAUGGACUGCUAAUGUUUAUUGCAUUUUACCAUGUGACAUGUACGGAGCUUGUGAAAUUGCUUUGUUAAAAUCUAUUUUUCAUUUGUUAUUUCCUGUAUUAUCGUUUUCUGUUUCUAACAUUUUAUUUUAAUAAUUAUCAUCAUCAAUCAUCAUCAUUCAAACGUCAGCCGCUCAGUUUAGGUAGGAAAAUGAAACCUUAUUGGAUGACAGGGCAGGGCUGUGGUGUCAGGUGAUGCAGCGGCAGCCACUACUCUGUCUAUUUUCCCUCUAUGUGGGGAAAUCGCUUGUAUUUCCACCCGGAUGCUGUGCCAUGACUGCUGAUCAUUUUGCCCAGUGCGCAGCGCUGUGGGCAGAGCAAGGGAGCGGAAAUAUUUCAGUACCCUUGAAGCGGACAGCUCUUCCCGGAUCCACACGCUUCUGACUGCCGGGCUCUGCAUCCGAGCCUGGAGGGCAGGGGGAUCAUAAUUCAUAGCCUACCUAAGAUAGGGGAGGGUGUAGCCGCCACAUUGAAGGCAAACACAUCCCUAUUCUUGCAAAUCGUGACUACUUGCACGCGUUUGAAACCAUAGCGGAAGGGUGAACGAGGAGGGAGGAAGAAAUAGAAAGGGGGAGUAGAGCAUCACUACAGAGAGAGAUGGCGGAGUGCGGGCGGAAGGCGCUGUCUCUCCUGGAAGCGGCCCGCUCCCGGUACGAGAGCCUGCAGAUAUCCGACGACGUGUUCGGCGAGUCCGGGGAUGACAGCAGCGACAAUCCCUUCUACAGCACCUCCGGAGACUCCGACUCCGACAACUAUAUAGCCGAGGUAGGCGAGGAGGAGCAUCAACCGCAGCACCACCACCACCACCACCACCAAAAACGGGGCGAUAAGGAGAGCGGGGGAGCAGGAGGUGGCAACAGCGGAGCCGGUCCCCCGGGCACUCUGUCCCGUAGUCAGGCAGAGGACGAGGGCUGGACGGAGGCUCUGCAGGAUGUCACGGUGCCGCCGUACAAAGAGACAUAUGGCCCUGCUCAGAAGAUGUCGGCCACCGCCACAGCCUUGGACUUUUUCCAACUCUUCGUCCCGGACAAUUGCAUCCACAACAUGGUCACCCAGACUAACAUGUACGCCAAGAAGUUCCAGGAGCGUUUCGGCUCAGACGAAGGUUGGCGUCCCGUCACUGCCCAGGAGAUGAAGGCCUUUCUAGGCUUCGUCACCUCCACCAGUGUGCACCGCUGCGAGUCGGUGCUCAGCAUCUGGAGCUCAGGCUUCUUCAGCAACCGGAGCAUCGCCUUGAAGAUGAGCCAGGCACGUUUUGAGAAGAUCCUCAAGUACUUCCACAUCGUGGCUUUCCGGCCGUCGCAAGGAAGCAACCAGGGCCUGUACAAGAUCCAGCCCUUCCUGGACUCACUGCAGCAGUCGUUCAGCUGCACAUUCAGACCUUCACAGACACAGGUUCUCCAUGAGCCCCUGAUAGACGAGGAUCCGGUGUUCAUCACCACCUGUACGGAAAGAGAGCUGAGGAAGAGGAAGAAGAGGAAGUUCAGCCUCUGGGUUCGACAGUGCACCUCCACCGGAUUCAUCUGUCAGAUCUCAGUCCAUCUGAAGGAGGGCCAGGGUACAGACGGUCUGGCCACCUUGAAGAACAAGCCACAGCUCCACAGCCUCGUGGCCAAGCAGCUCUGCCAGAACAUCUCUGGCAAGAACACUAUCAUCUUCACCGGGCCGUCCAUCACGAGCCUCAGCCUUUUCACUGAAUUCAGCAAACAAGACAUCUUCUGCUGCGGUCUGCUGAGCACCAGGAAGAGCGACUGCACGGGCUUACCACAGAGCAUGCUGGUCUGCGGCUCCACGCCGGCGCAGCGUGGCCAAUCACGGGUAAUGAUGAAAGGCACCAUGUCUCUGAUCAGCUGGUACAACAAGGGACACUUCAGGUUCCUCACCAACGCUUACUCCCCAACAAAACAAGGUUUGAUCAUUAAGAGGAAAAGUGGGGAGAUCCCAUGUCCGUUGGCCGUUGAGGCCUUUGCGGCGCAUCUCAGCUACAUCUGCAAAUAUGACGACAAGUACAGCAAGUACUUUAUCUUCCAUAAGCCCAACAAGACCUGGCAGCAGGUGUUCUGGUUGAGCAUCAGCAUCGCCAUCAACAACGCAUACAUCCUCUACAAGAUGUCUGACGCCUACACCGUUAAACGCUACAGCCGAGCGCAGUUUGGAGAGAGACUGGUCAGAGAGCUGCUGGAUCUGGACGACUGCUCCCCCACACAGUGAGGAGGAGGAGGAGGACAGCAGGAGUGUGCAACAAAAACACACACACACACACACACACACACAAAUACACACACACACACACACACACACACACACACACACACAUAUACACAUACUCAGACACUCACAAACACAAAUCCCUAAACAUACAUUUACACUCUUCAUUACGGUUGUACAGACUCUGCAGUCUGUGUCUAUGUGAUAAUACUGAAGCAGUGCCAUGCCUAUGUCUCUCUUCCUCUAGUUGUUUUUUGUGGUACUGUAAAUAUUCAUUAACACACACACACACACACACACACACACACACGAUAGAGAAUUAUGAGCCACGGGACAGUUCACAUGCCUCAGCUGCAACUCUCAACCACAUGGAUUUACUAAGGAUUUUGUCAACAGGAGCUAUUUCACGAGCAGAGGUGAAGGCAGGGACAAUGAAACCGGGAAGAAUUCACCAUUAAAUGAUGUCAGUGUCAAGUUUUGACUCUUAUCAAAGAGUGAAAUUAUUGAUAUGAGCCUGAAUCUCCCGUGUCAACGUUCAAACAUGUACUCGUCGGGCUAAAAGGCUACAUGUAGCUUGAUACUUAACACGCUGCAAAAACACCUGCGACCUUGUAACAAAAGCUUAGUAAACCAGGACUAUGGUGUGUUCACACGCUGCAUGCAUAAAGAAUCUGGAUUGUGAUGUUCUUUUGUUCAGUGUGAAAAUGAUUCCUGCUCCGGGUGGGUUUUGAAACUUUUUGUUUGCGUGUAUUUAUUUAGCAAGUGGAACUGCCGUUUGUGUGUACGACGUUGAGCCUGAGGAUGUAAAUGUACGGCUGCUGUGACCCACAUGUGUUGUGCUGCUGCAUACUGUACUCGCUAGAGGAAGACUGUCAGGUGACAUUAAGCCACAGCCAGCAGUGUGCCACCAAUUCACAGCCUCCCUCUUCCAAAGAGACCAAAAAAGAUUUUAAAGAAAGACUCGGUUUCAGAUGUCUUCAAGCAUCUGGAAACCCAGUUGUCAAUAUUUCUCUAUAAUGGUAAAUAUUCAUGACUAAGAAGGCAUCAACUAAAGUUUGAGGGGAAAAAUGUUUUUAUUUAUUGUGGGUUUAAAACAUAAAAAUUCUUAAUCAGCUUCAUCAGGGCUGUGUGAAUGUGGUUUGAACAGACUUGCAGUUCAACAUAAAGUAACAAAUGACACAACUGACAUUAGAUUUUAAUUCAAAUAUUGUUAAAUCCUGAUUGAAGUACGUUUUUUUUUCCCGAAGAGUUUGACUCACUUCAAACCGGGGAGAAGAGCACAGACGAAACGCAAAUAAAUAAAGGCGCUUUUCCACCCAGAACGUUAAUUUCCCAAGUCUAAUGUCCAGGAACUUCUUUCCUGGAUUUCUCAGCGCACUGUGAUUUGUGUUUCCACAGCAGGAACAAAGACAUGCAAAUAGGUUUUCUGACAUAUUAAAAACACAACAGUCGUUUUUCACAUCAUUUGUACAUGUUGUUGGUCCCUCGGUUGUAAGCUCUUGGGCCGUUCCAUUCUAAUUAUUGACGGACACAUAAUACAAGCAAAACAAUGUGUUUGAAGUCUCGGGUUUUUAAAAAUGACCAGGUGCACAACAAUGCUGUGGGAAACACUACUGUACUCGACCAAUCAGCAAUGUUCAGCAUUGCAAGCAGGUACUGUCGCCUAAGCGGGAAUCUUUGGGGGGUAUAAAACUAUGUCCCUGGAACUUCAUUUAGACCCUUGUUCCUAACAAAGUUCCUGCAGUGGAAAUGCACCUUAAAUUUCUCAUGUGAAAUAAUCUGAACUGUUCCAUCUGUAGCAGAAAAUGUUGUGUCCUCCUGGGGUCAGUUCGCUCACAGUGUGAGUAGCUGAUGGAAAGAAUAGGUUUUCAGGGUCUUUAACAAAAAUCAUCUGAAGCCUUUUGUACCAGGAACAUUACUUAUGCAGCUAACUUUACUUUGGCUUGAUUGAAUGUUCAGUAGGCCUGCGUUGCUAGGCAACAGGAACUAUCUUUGCCAGUGGGCAAGGGUUUGGAUAAUGUUGCUUGGCAAGAUUUAGAUCCAAGAAGUAAAAACUGAAUCACUGGCUUAUAAGAUGUCCCAGCAAAGCGACAAAGCAACAAAUCUUAAUGUAGAUAAAUGGCUGUGGGUCCUUCUUAUUGCCGUGCAGCUUUCUCACACAACCCUGGUCUCAAAUGCAUGUCAUCAAAAAGUGCUAACACGGACAUCAAGUCACUGAAAUUUGAUGACUAUAAAACAUGAAUAGUUACUGUUUAUGAAAACGUUUGCAAAUAUAACUGUGGAUACACUGUACUGUCUGCUUUAGUCUUCAGAAUAAUCUUGUGAAAUGGAAGCAUGGAUGAAUUUUGGACAAAUUAUUAUGAAAGUUUCCUUCUUUCAGUGGCACAUUUCUUGCCAAGUACCAAAUUUAGAUCUGCCAUCUUUUGUCAAGCCAAUGGAAGUGGGAGUGGAGAGAUGAGGGUUUAUCUGGUACAAAAUGCAGUUACUGUCUUCAGACCACACUGCUGUCUGUGGCUUUACUGAGGAGUUCAGUCCAAUUCGCUUUGCUUAACAUGUUAUGUAGUCGACAUGUUAUCGUCACGCUGGAAUCAUGCUACGAAGUGAAAGGUUUUGAUGUGUGCUUGCUCCAUCAGCAUGGUCAGAUGUGUGAAUACAUAUAACAGCAAGAUGGCAGUCUUUACGCUGGCAGAGUGGAGUUGUGGAGUGAUUCGCUGGCAGGACUCAUGCACUUUCCCACAUCGCAGUCUUGCACUUUGAGGAGAUUUGCGAAGUUAGCAACACGUCUCUUAGAUAAUCCUUUUAAUUUUGAUUUGAAUCCAGUGAUAGUGUACACUGCUCUCAGAAAAGUAUGAAUAGGUAAGUUCUGUAACUAUACAUAGAUAAAUGAAAUGAAUUAUAUAAAAUUAUGCCAGUGAAAUAAGACUGAAAAUUUAUGACUAUAACCAAAACAAAAAAGAUGGUUUCCACUGUAGAUUUAGAGUAUAAGGUACAGUAUGUCUGUUUAUAUUUUGUUUACAAAUUACUGUGAGUGUAUGUCCAUAAUCACUCUGUCACUGAGACUCAAGAUUGUGAUUUUUUUAACUUUUUCACUAAUCCAAAGCACCUUUGUUGUCAUUGCUCUUGUGUGUGUUUGUAUGUGUGUGUGGGUGUGUGCGUGCGUGCGUGUACGUGCGUGCAUGUGUCUAAUCACUGUUCACCUUGAAGUAACACUGUAAAUCUUAAGAGGCACCCGUCAUGUCAUGUAUUUGUCAAUUAAUGAUUUUAAAACAAUAUUUGAUACUGACAAAUUACACGUACUAGUAUUAAAUUGAUUGGGUGAUAAUGUGAAACUGAAAUACAACUGUGGCCAUUGUAGAAGCACAUUCUGCCCCUUAUUCUGCAUAAAAGUAUAACUAUAAUUCAAGAAAGAAUCCCUACUACUGAAAGAGUGCAUUUCCAUCCAUAUCUUUUAAAAUUUGGGCAUAAAACACCUGAGUGUAAAUGCUGAAAAUUAAAAAAAAAAAAAAAAAAAGCCAAAGACUGUAGUCUUCCUCAGAUUGUGCAUUACACAAACAUAAAUGCCAUAUUUCCAUCACAUUCUCCACAUUAUUUUCAUUCAUUUGACCGGCGUGCAAUGGGUAAAUGACACCCGACUAGUUAAUUAGUGCCACCUAAUCACAUAAAUGGAUGGAAACGCACAUUAAUUAGCAUUUUCUUUUGACAGUUUUAUGUAAAUUCAGUUAAAAUUUUUAUGUAAAUUGGACAAUUUUUUCAACACUGUUUAAAAAGUAACUUAAUACCUUCCUGAAUAGCAGUGAUUUACUGUCCUCUGGUUAAAAGUCUGUUGCACCUCUGAUUCUCAGUGUGGGCAGAAGCACCUGUAACCACACCCACCAGUGAUGUCACAGUGUACUGACACACCCUUGAGUACACUUUACAUCACUGCAGUGAGGAGUUAAACCGCUAGAGUUCAGAAAACACAAAACUGAAGGUGUUUGGUUGCUCUUUAAAAGUGCUCUUGUUUAAUGUUGUUUCUUAUUCCCAUGCAUAACUGAAAUAUCUAGAAAACAUGUUUUAAUUUAUUUAUAUUUUUUGAUGUAAAAACUGUUUUAACCUCCUAAAAUAUCAAUCAUUUAAAAAAUGUUUGUGAUAGUCCCUGAAUCAAAAAAAAAAAACCCAAAAAAACAAACUUCCAUUUCAUUCCACCAGUUUUCACCACUGACAUUUCAAUCAUAGAAAUCCAUCAUAUAAAAGCAGAGAAACCAAUUUCUCGUGUCUGUGUGUGCAUGUGUUUAAUCACUGUUCACAUCCAUUCUUGUGUAUGUGAAUCCAUGCCCCUUACUCACACUGCAUCAUGGCUCGCAGCUACACAUGCAUGCAUUAAGGUCUUCUGAAGGGUUAGUCUCAGUGGAGAAAUUGGUUUCUUAGUGCAGAAGUAGACAAGGCAGGGAGAGAGAGAGAGAGAGAGAGAGAGUGAAUAUGAUAGAAAAAUAAGAUCCUGGAUUGCAUCACAAAAUGGUGAAGCACAUACAACUAUCAAACAUAUCCUAAGGUGAAUUUUUCCUUUACAGUGUGUCACGUGUAUAAAUGAUGGCUGCACUUGUAGAUGGCCAUUAAAUCCGUAGCCUAUCGUGGACUGAAGCAGACCUCCGCAGAGGUUUUCUGUAGAGCUUAUACCACUCAGCUCAGACCACGAAUGAGAGGAAAUUAUGCACCGGGGACUCUGUAAGGCCACAGUUACUUGGCAACAAAUUAUUUAUGUGAGAGAAAAAAAGGGAGUAUUUGAAGUUUUUCUGACGAUAUGGUAAUAUUGCUAUCACCCCAGCUGCAGACUGAGCUGAGCAGCUUCAUGUGGUCUCCUUUUUAUCAUCUAUCAUCUACGAGAAGGAUGGAGGAUCCUCCUCUAUGAUGAUGAAGGGCACGUUUUAGCACAUAUUCAGCACAUAUACAAAACACGGCUUCGUUUUAAAUUGUCAAGUUGAGCUGAUUUUAGAAAACUUACUGUCCAACCUGUUCUGUUAAUCAGAUAUUUCUAUAGUGCCUUUUCUGCUCAUUUUAUUGUUGUUAGUGUUUAUGUCCUGAAAUGGAGUUGAUGUGAAUGACUAGAAUAGAUUUAAAAAAAAAAGAAGUCCUAACAAAUUGAAUAUGGUAAACUCCUGCAUGGUGUGAAUAAUAGAGACAUAAAUCACGUCCACCGUAGAGAUUUAGAUACUGAACAUGUUUUAUGCUGCCCUUGUCCCACUGCUGUAAUGACUCACCUCAAGUAAUAUUUCACAUUUUCACCAUUGUGGUGCCACAGAGAAUCAACAGUACAUCCAUUAAUAUGAGUUUUUAAGAUCUCAAAACACAAAUAAGUCCAGACAAAACUUCUCAUAAGAAAUGAUAAUGGUAGAAAAAAAAUCUCUGAUGGAUGUUAGGUUUGUUUACAUGGGUAAACUACUGUGUAGGAACCUAGUUUUGGAAUUUGCAAUGGCCCCAAAAUCACAACAUCCAAACACCAAACUUAGCCUUAAAACAAAUGAACAAUUAAAAAAGUGAAAGUGUUUCAUAGUAGAUGGAUGUCACUUUGAUGGGUCUCACUACAACAGUGUGGAUGGAUUUUUCUCUCCGAUUUCUACCUUGUCUCCUUUUGCAAAUAGAGAUGUGUGAUGUCUUUCAUUUACGCCAAUUCAUUUGUGUCAGAUGUGCAAAUGGGAGUAAACAAAGGCAGAUGGGAGGGAGCAAAAUACUAACAUAGAAUGAUGAUCCCAAAAACACUAACUGCUCGUUGAAAACUGAAUUAUGAAAAAAUUAUGCUAUGAAUUAAUCAAACUCACUGUCAGUUGUUUUGUGGUAAUGAAAAAUGAAGUUGUGUGUAAGAUGAUGUCCAUGUAUAUGGUGUACUGUAUGUGCCAAUGUGCCAUCUCUGUACAGUGCUGCACAGAUGUCUGUCAUUGCAAGUGAGACAGUUGUCAUAAGUAAAGAUCGAGUAUAAAUGAUUAGCUUUGGAUGUGAAAGAAUUCAAAUGGCUGACCUCAGGGCUUCAUAACUAACUGCUGUACAUGAUAUUAACUUAUUAUUGAAUAUACAUACACUAAAUGGACUUCUAUAACCUUAUCAGGUGCUAUCAAACCACUGUAGAAGUAAUAGUAGAUUAGAUUUGUUGUUAUUAGGAGUUCAGCAACCAAACAGUGAACACCAGGGUCAUAUAUUGCAGGAGUUGUGCCACUAAAAACACCAUAAAUUCAAGUUUUUCUGGAUGAAAUGUCAGAAAUAUGAAUAAUACCAGGCACCAUAAUCAAACACCAACUGUCCAAGUGGUAGAACUUUUUUUCACCUCGUAUGAUUCUAUUUGUGGUGGCGGCUGCAGGAUGUUGAAUAACGGCGUACUGUGGGCUAAAGUGUUAUCUAGUUUCACGGAAGGGCCAGAAUGAUGUGUGUAUGUGCAUGUAUUGUUAACACUGGGUUUGAGUAAAAUGUGUAAAAUAACUGGUGUAUGCUGGACCAAAUAACUUUCUAAAAAUUGUGUGUGGUGAUGAGUUGUACAAGGUUGUUGUGUAAAUGUGUCUUCAUUAAAACUCUCCACAUGUGGGUGCUCCAUUGAA